AUGGAAUGCUCAUCUGAAGAAGUCUGCCUUCGUCGCGACAAAGAAAUUUGCAUAUUGGGCUGGAUUUUAUUGUUUUUCUGGUUGGUAAUGAUUUUGUACAUAACGCAAGACUAUUGGUUCAAUUCAUCUUCAUCGUUUGAUUGUAAUUCGUGCCAACAGCUUCCUUCGGUGAUCACAGAUUGCCCCGAAUGCCAUCCGGUCGAACUCUCGAAAACCUACCAAUAUUACUCUUGUCUCGCCUUUGAUAUCAUAUGCACAUCUAAAUCAACCAUGUUCGGAAUUUCGGAUACUCUUCAAUUCUCAACAUCUUCAGAAAGGGACCACAUCGUCAAAUGCUCGAAAGGAAAAUGGAUUUAUACGUCAAUGGACGAUUCGACUGAGCACGCCGUCGAAGCGAUCAGAUGUAUUUGA